AUGGCGCAAUCCUCGUCGGCAACGGUUGCAGCGCUGGCGCAUGGAUUGAUUUGCUCACAUGUGGCGCUGGCCUGGAGUCCUGUGGCCUCGGACUUCGCCGCCGCAGCACUGGCAGCCCGCAACGACUUCCGGUGGCGGGCAUUCGAGACAUCAGGAUACCGUUUUCCUGACGAGACCCACUUCGACGAGCUGGACUGGAACACAGGCUUUGCAGAGCUUUGGCUUUAUGCUCUGCGUGCAGCUCGUUUGGCACUGCCGGAGUCUGCUGGCGGCCUACUGCGGGCAGCAAAGGAAGUGCGCAUAGUGCGGAGUGAGAAGCGACUGUACCGGAGCUUUGUGGCCGCAGGCAAGGCUUUCGAUCGCAUUGCCGAGAAGUUGCGGCAGCUCGAAAACGUGACACCCAGCGUGGCACCCGAAGCCUGCGCGCCGACAUCGUCGACCGUCAACAGAAGCAUCCGCCUCUCCAAUGACCUUCAGAUGCCAGUGGUGGGAUUGGGCACAACUAUGCUCAACGGUGCGUCUGGGAAGGAGGCCAUCCUUGCGGCGCUCCGAGCAGGCUACCGACUGAUAGACACGGCGCAGGCCUAUGAAAAUGAGGCCGAGGUGGGGGAGGCCAUCCUCGAGUCCGGCAUCCCUCGCUCAGAGAUCUUCAUCGCGACGAAGCUGUCGGAAGAAGCUUGGUUCCGGCGCGGGAAUGCCAUUCGUCAAGGGUAUUUCAAGGAUCAGAGUCGACAUCAAGGCCUGGUUCAUUCUGUCAGACUGAUUGCUUUAAGCUUCCUUAAGGGUGCCUGCUGUGUCUCGGACUUGAAGUUGAUAGGAGCUAUGACCAGGAGAGUCAGA